CAUCACGCAGUUAGGCCACGUAAUUCAACUCUUGCAAAAUAUUGAAGAGCACAUUAGUUAGCUACUACUGCUAGGAAGUAGUUAAGUGGAUUCUCAUAUCCAAAUUGUCUCCCAUGAUUUGCAAAUUGAAUUUGUAAAAUACCAUACCAGGAAUGAUUAAAGAAUUUUAAAUACAAAAUUGAUGACAUCUGACAUAAUUUUAAAUACACAAUUAGUGACAUCUGACAUAUUUUAAAUACAAAAUUAGUGACAAAUCUGACAAUAGAACUGAAAAUUUUUAAGUUAUCUUCUUUAACUUUAUAAUAAAUGGAAUAGCUAAGUUUAAUAAUUGAUCAAGUAUAUAAGAACUCUUCCUGAAGAGAAUACUUACAAAAAGAUUAAAGAUAGAAAUGGAAGGACAGCAGCAACUCCCUCAACCUAGAGUAGUUAUACUUCCAAGCUUAGGCAUAGGCCAUAUUAUCCCACUUGUUGAAUUCGCCAAACUCCUCGUCUCCCAUUUCAGCUUCUCUGUCACUCUCUUACUUCCUCCCACUGAAGCUAAACUCUCCUUCCUUGACUCCCUUCCUAAGCUCAUCUCCUACUCCUUCCUCCCUCCCCUAAACCCAACUCAUAUACCUCAAGAUGCGACCCAAGACUACACCAUCUCCCUCACCCACUUCCACUCUCUCUCCUCCAUCCGGUCUGUAUUAAGUUCUCUGGUCCAACAAGCCCAGGUUGUUGCCCUUGUAACUGAUUUAUUUGGCACUGAUCUCUUUGAUGUUGCAAGGGAGCUUAAUAUUCCCCCCUAUUUGUUUUUCACUUCAUCGGCAAUGACUUUAUUGUUUGCCUUUCAUUUGCCAAAGUUAGACACAAUGAUAGAGUGUGAGUACAGGGAUAUGCCUGAACCGUUGAUUUUGCCUGGGUGUGUGCCACUCCAUGGAAAAGACUUCGCGGAGUCCACUCAGAAUCGUAAAGAUGAUAGCUACAGGGUGGUGCUUCAUCAUAUGAAGCAAUAUAUGAGGGCUGAGGGAAUAUUUGUCAAUUCUUUUCUAGAUCUGGAGCCGGGUGCUAUACAUGCUUUCCAAACUGAAGACCCAGAUUGGCCUCCAGUUUACCCGAUCGGGCCAAUAAUUCAAUCAAGUUCAGGUCUGGUUGAGGAUGGAGCAGAGUGCUUGAUGUGGUUGGACCAGCAGCCACCCCGAUCAGUUGUAUUUGUGUAGUUUGGAAGUGGGGGGACUUUGUCGUGUGAGCAAUUUAAUGAACUGGCCACUGGACUUGAGGGAAGUGGGCAUAAGUUCUUAUGGGUUGUUAAAAACCCCGACAAGAAGUGCUCUUUAGGGUCAACAAUCAGCGCUAGAAAACAAGAAAAUCAAUAUGAGUUCCUACCCAAAGGAUUUGUUGAAAGAAUUAAGGAUCUCGGUCUAUUGGUCCCAUCUUGGGCGCCACAAAUUGAGAUAUUGAGCCAUAAAGCAAUAGGAGGAUUCUUGACUCAUUGUGGAUGGAACUCGAUUCUUGAAAGCAUAGUUCAUGGGGUACCCUUAAUUGCAUGGCCACUCUAUGCUGAGCAAAAGAUGAAUGUGGUUAUGUUGACUGAAGGGCUUAAGGUGGCUCUAAGGCCUAAUACAAACAAACAUGGUCUUGUUGAGGCUGAAGAAAUUGUUAAAGUUGUUAAGGAUUUAAUGGAGGGUGAAGAAGGAAAGAUUGCUUACAACAGGAUGAAGAAAAUAAGUGAUUUAGCUAAAAAGGCUACAAGUGAAAAUGGGGAUUCCAUGAAGUUGCUUGGUGAAACCACUCUCACUUGGCGUGUUUUGGAUAGGCAAAGUUCAUCAAAUAGUAACAAAGUCUAAAUUCCAAAAAAGAGGUGAUAAUAGAUGAGGUAAUAGUGGUACCCUCAUUUUACACAACUCCGUACUUCCUCCCCCAUUGGCCACUACCACAGCGCACUGCCUCUCAUCUCUUUAUUUGCCUCCAACCCUAAUCCAAACAUGCCCAUUUAUUUUCUUUUUUAUUGUAUUACCGCUUAGGAGAGAUACAAAGAAUGACUUGUCAGGCAAUGUCUCAACAUGUAUUAGUUGUUUGAAGUUUGAAUUAAAUUUACCAAUUUUCACAAAUUUCAUAGUACUAAACAGCUUAUUCUAACCCCUUAUUUUAAGUUAAACAAGGAUUUCACCAAAGGGAGUCCUCAUAAUCAGUUCAUCAUCAGCAGUUUCUAUGCAUCAUUCAAAGUAACAGCAUCUUAAGAAAUUCAAUGACAAGUUUGUUCGAACAUCUAAAAUAGUGUAUAACUAAUUGACAGCCCUCAAAACCUCCCAUUUUCCAGGGCCUCUUAUUUCAUGUUAUUUGGUCCAGUGCUUGGAGUAGAAAAAGGUUUCAAUAGAAACUCACAUAUCAACACAACUCACACAAGAUAAGAAUGAAACUACGCUUGACUAAGUGUCUACAAUAGAACAAAGCACCCCAAAACUUUAUGCCUAUAAACAUGCAAACAUCUUACAAUCACACAGUGAAAAAUAAUUACUUCGUAAACAUGAGCGAAAAAAAGGAGAUGCGAUGAAAAGGCAAGGGUAAAACGGCAAAAUGAUUCAACAAGGCACUUUUCAUUUAUAAUUUUGAAGGGAUGACAUGUCAAAUGAUUUCAAUAAUCACAAAGCAAAUCUUAUUCGAAUAUAAAACCACUUCUUAGACGACCAAGCAUUUAACCAUCAGUCCUAACUCACAAGAUAAACUGAAA